CGCACCCUUCAACCUGACCAUAUAGUCUAGGCGUGCAUUCGAUCUUCUCUGCCUUGCUUGCUUGAUUGUGUGUGUGUGCGCGUGUGUGCUUGAGAGAGUGACCGAGACCACGGAAAUUAGUUAGUAGGUUGCCUUGUUCGUCUGGCACAUUUUUGUAACGUUAUCUUUUUUUGGGCUUUGGUACUUUUUUUUUUACCUUCCCCCCCAAAAUUUCCAUACAUAAGGAACGUUUAGCCCCGCCAACCUUGACGACUGCAUCUCGAGUUUCACCCACCGAGACAACCGCCGAGAUGCCGCCCAAGAAGAAGGGAAACAAGAAGAACCAGCAGGACGACUGGGAGGCCGAGUUGGGCGAGAGUAUUGCCCCGCCUGCCAAUGCCAACGGUGCCGAUGGUGACGCCAACGCAAACGACGACGAUGAUGAUGCUGGCGGUGCCGGUGGCCUAAUGGCUACCCUGCGCAAGAACAAGGAGAAGCGCAAGAAGAAGGGUAUCGUCGAGCCUGAACCCGUACCCGAACCCGAAGCCCCAGCUGCCGAAGAGCCCCCCGCCCAAGCCCCCGUCGAGGCCAACAUCGACGAUGAGUUUGCUCUACCUGAGAAGAAGGGCAAGGGUGGCAAGCAGAACAAGCAAGCUGCUAAGAAGCCCGAGCCUGCUGCCACUGACGAUGCCGCCGAUGGUGGCCGUAUCCUGACCAAGGCCGAGAAGGAGAAGCUCAAGAAGGAGCGUGAGAAGCAGCGAAAGAAGGAGCAGGCCGCUGCGAAGAAGAAGGGUGGCGCUGCACCAAAGGCUGCCCCUGAGGUGAAGGAGAAGGAGGAGGCUGCCCCUGUUGAGGCUGCUCCCGCCCCCGAGCCCGCCGCGGGAGGCAAGAAGAAGAAGCUCCCCGCUCAUCUUGCUCUGCUCCAGAAGCAGCAAGAGGAACUCAAGCGUCAACGAGAAGAAGCUGCCAAAGCUGAAGCCGAAGCCAAGGCCCAGGCCGAAGAAGACGAGCGCCUAGCUGCUGAGGAAGAAAAGCGACGUGAGGAGGCCAAGGCCAUCAAGAAGCAGAAGGAGAGGGAGCGUAUCGAGCAACUCAAGAAGGAGGGCAAGUAUCUCACAAAGGCCCAAAAGGAAGAGAAGGCCCGAAAUGAGCGAAAGCUCCAGCAGAUGUUGGCUGCCGGUAUUCAAGUUGGUCCUGUAGGCGAGCCUAGUGAGAAGAAAUCUAAGCCUGCGGACAACAGGAGAAAGAAGGGCCGUGCCCAACAAAAGAUCGAUGAGGAGAAGGCUCUCGCAGAAGCUGCUGAGCGAGCUCGACAAGAAGCUGAGAGGGCCUUGAAGGAAGCUGAAGAGAAGGCUGCCCAUGAGAAGGCCGAGGCCGAGGCCAAGGCUGCUGCCGAAAAGAAGGGUGCCGAGAGUGAUGUGGAGGAUGACUGGGAGGCUGCUGCUGCUUCUGACGGUGAUGUCAAGGACAGCUGGGAUGCUGAUUCUGACGAGGAGGCCGAAAAGGCCAACGGUACAUCGGAAGCAAAGGCUGAAGCAGAGUCUGGGGAUGAGUCCGAAGAGGAGUCUUCCGAUGAUGAGGCUGCCACAGCUGCACAGUUGGCUGAGGAGAAGCGGAAGCGAGAGGCUGCUGAGCGCCGUGAAAAGGCUCACCAGGCCGCCCUUGCUGCCCGAUCCAAGGAUAACCUGCGAUCCCCUAUUUGCUGUAUUCUGGGUCACGUCGAUACUGGAAAGACGAAGCUCCUGGACAAGGUCCGUCAAACUAACGUCCAAGAGGGUGAAGCUGGUGGUAUUACACAACAGAUUGGUGCCACGUACUUCCCUGUCGAAGCCAUCCGACAAAAGACGGCUGUUGUCAACCCUGACGGCAAGUUCGAGUUCAAGGUCCCCGGUCUUCUCAUCAUCGAUACCCCUGGUCACGAGUCCUUCUCUAACCUCCGAUCUCGUGGUUCUUCGCUCUGUAACAUUGCCAUUUUGGUCGUCGAUAUCAUGCACGGUCUCGAGCCCCAGACACUCGAGUCUAUGCGCAUGCUGAGAGAGCGCAAGACUCCUUUCAUCGUUGCCCUCAACAAGAUCGAUCGUCUCUACGGCUGGAAGCAGGUUGCCAACAACGGUUUCCAGGACAGUUUAGCUCUCCAGAGCAAGGCUGUCCGCAACGAAUUUGAGACCCGUCUCGAAAAGACCAAGAUUGCCUUCGCUGAGCAGGGUUUCAACUCUGAGCUCUUCUACGAGAACAAGUCCAUGUCAAAGUACGUCUCGCUUGUGCCCACUUCGGCACACACUGGCGAGGGUGUCCCUGAUAUGUUGAAGCUCAUUGUCCAGCUCACUCAAGAGCGUAUGGUUGGUUCUCUCAUGUAUCUCUCUGAGGUCCAGGCCACUGUGCUCGAAGUCAAGGCUAUUGAGGGUUUCGGUAUGACCAUCGAUGUCGUCCUGUCUAACGGUAUCUUGCGAGAAGGUGACCGAAUUGUGCUGUGCGGUACAGAAGGCGCUAUCAAGACAAAUAUCAGAGCACUGCUUACACCAGCGCCCAUGAAGGAAUUGCGUCUCAAGUCCGCCUAUGUCCACAAUAAGGAGGUCAAGGCUGCUCUGGGUGUCAAGAUCAGCGCCCCUGGUCUCGAGGGUGCCAUCGCCGGUUCACGCCUGAUGGUUGUCGGUCCCGAUGACGACGAAGACGAUAUUGAGGAUGAGGUCGAGUCCGAUCUUGCUGUUCUCUUCAACCGUGUCGAAAAAACUGGUCGCGGUGUCAGCGUCCAAGCGUCGACUCUUGGUUCGCUCGAGGCUCUGCUCGAUUUCCUCAAGGACUGCAAGAUUCCUGUUGCCAACGUUGGUAUCGGUCCCGUUUACAAGCGUGAUGUCCUGCAGUGUGGUGUUAUGUUGGAGAAGGCACCAGAUUAUGCCAUCAUGCUCUGUUUCGAUGUCAAGGUUGACAAGGAAGCACAGCAGUAUGCAGAGGACAAUGGCAUCAAGAUCUUUACAGCUGAUAUCAUUUAUCAUCUGUUUGAUGCCUUCACUAAGCAUAUGGACGAGCAACUCGAGAAGAAGAAGGAAGAGUCCAAGAUGCUUGCUGUCUUCCCCUGUGUCCUGAAGCCCGUCAAGGUCUUCAACAAGAACGACCCCAUUGUUAUUGGUGUUGAUGUCACUGAGGGUCAGCUCAGAAUCAACUGUCCUGUCGCCGCUGUCAGGAAUAAUCCUACAACCGGUGCCAAGGAGAUCGUCAAACUGGGCAGAGUUACAUCAAUUGAGCGAGAGCACAAGCAAAUUCCUGUGUGUAAGCGAAAGGAACCUUCCGUCGCUAUCAAGAUCGAGAUGGGCGGCAACCAGCCCAUGUAUGGCCGACACCUGGAAGAAGACGAGACUCUUUACAGUUUGAUCUCUCGAGCCAGUAUCGACACCCUCAAGGAAUACUACAGAAAGGAGGUCAGCAACGAGGAGUGGCAGCUCAUCAUCAAGCUCAAGCCCUUAUUCGACAUUUCAUAAGCAGCCAAGAUUACAAAAAGUUAAGAACAUGGGUGGUGUGAAGCUUCUACCUCAACAACCGCGCCGGGAGCUUGGUUGCAUCCUGUCCUGGAGGCGAAACUCGAUGUUUCGAUAACAUGCUGACAGGACAUCAGGUUGUAGCCAGCUCCCUUUGUGGGGAGAACAGUACGAGAACUACAUUGCAUAUCAAAAAGAAGAGAAUAGGAAAAGAAAUUGCAUCAACUUGUUUGAAGGAAUUGUGUACGGUACUGGUUUGCAUUUUCGGGCAGCAAAAAGAAAAGAUUGAAGAGACGUGAAAUUGAAGGGCAAGGGGCGCACCCUCAAGGCAACGUAGUCGUAUAGAGUAGGGCUCUUUACCAAUGAGGGCUGAAAUGACUUAAUCUUAUGUUUGCUGAUGCUAU